AGGCUCUGGCACGCAGAACGUAAGCUCUUGUGGCUGCAGUAGAGACUCAGCUCAGAGAUGACAGCCUCACAGGACGAAGUGGCUCACGAGAGAUUGCUGAAUACAGAGGUCACUACCACAGACCACCUAGAAAAUGGAGAAACAGGUAAAAAAAUCCAAGAAAAAUUUUGUGGAAUUGUCUCUUCCAAGUCUCAUUGUCGGCGUUUCCGCUGCUGUGGAGUGACCAUGGUCCUCAUUGUAGUUGUGGUCCUCAUUGUAGUUGUAGUUGCUUUGUCAGCAAUAAUGAUAAAACAGAUGUCAACCAAAAAUACCUAUGCUGCUUGCCUGCAAAACUGGACUGGAGUUGGAAAUAAAUAUUUUUAUUUUUCUGAAUACACAAGUAACUGGACAUUUGCCCAGGCCUUCUGCAUGGCCCAAGAGGCCCAACUAGCUCGGUUUGACAACGAGGAGGAGCUGAAUUUUCUAAAGAGACACAUGAAUUCUAGCCACUGGAUUGGACUACACAGAGACUCGUCAGAGCACCCUUGGAGGUGGACAGACAACACUGAGUAUAACAACACGUUUUUGAUUCAAGGAGAUGGAGAAUGUGGCUUCCUGAGUGACAAUGGGAUCAGCAGUAGCAGGGACUACAUACCUAGGAAGUGGAUUUGUAGCCGGUCCAGCAACUAUAUGUUACAGUGCUAGUAGUUUUGUAUCCUGGGUAGAGAGUAUGUCAUAGCAAUAAUGAUGAACACAUAACAUGUUAUCUACUCUUGCUGUAUCAUUAAUGAUCUGCAAAAACCAUUAUCAGAAUCAGUUCAUAAUGCAUGAUGAUAUCAAAGAUGACAACUCUCUGAGGACUAUUCAUAUGUGUGCUUCGGAGAACAUGAAUGGUUCUAAAUUAAAUAUGUAUUCAGGCAUGAUCUGGUACUCAUAUCUUAAACAUAAACUAAAUAUCAGUAUCAGUAACUUCUACUUUUUUUUUCUUGUUUCUUAAUUUUAUUUAUUUUAAUUCCAAAUGUUGCCUUCUCCUGGUUCCCCCUUCUAGAAUUCUUUAUCCCAUACUUCCAUCCCCUUGAGUUUCUCUCUUGUUUUUCUCCACUUCAGAGAAGUGGCCAGUGGCUCUUGACUUUUCCCCCUUUCCUAUCCUAUACAAGUUAAAGAAGUCUUAGCUAUUGGAGCAGAAAGAUUGUGCCUAUCUUAGGUGUUCCUUCAAGAAAUGUGGAUCUUACCCAUCACUGGUAUGUGAAUCUUUGUAUUUCUGUCCUGUCUUAGGUUGAUAUACCUUUGAGAGAAUCUUAUCUGUCUUUGACUACCAGUCUCUGUAAUGGGAUGUGUUAACCUAUUAGGUUAAUGUUUUGAGCCGUACAAGAUGGAAUCUGUAUAGAUGUUUAAAUAUGUACACUGGGCAAACUUAUCCUUAAGGGGUAACAAGUGUAAUCUUAUAAGUAUUCAAGGCAGGUACUGAAAUGACUAAUGCGUCAACGAAGACUAGGAAGGCAAUCUCUUUCUUACUUGUGUUACCCAU